AUGCUUUUCGAGUCCAGGGUAGUGCCUGCUCGGACUCAGGGUCAGUUUUUGGGAGGAGAGAGAGGGAAGCGGGUCCGGGGGUGGGCGGGCGGCUCUGCGGCAGUGGCAGCCCUCUGGCCGCGCACGGCGUUCGCCUGUAUCCCCGUCUGCUUUGUGCCCGAGGACCGUAACUUUAGUUACGGGUCUUGGGUGUGUUGCCUUGUAAACCUGCACUCAGUUGUGCCACAGCCUGACAGCGCUCUGCAAGGAGCAAAGGCUGCCUCUAUUGAUCAGUUCCCUGGAGUACAGGGAGCAGCUUCACAUGUGCUGCAAGAGAAGCUGUCCUUGCCCGUGGUGUUGGUGGAAUAUAUGUUGGUAAAAUUUGACCAUGAAAAUAAGAAAGUGCGUUUGCUACUCUGUGGUGAAGAAGUUCUUCAAACGCUGCAAGACAAGGGGGAGAAGGUAAACCCCAAUCACCCAACACUCUGGAGACCAGAAUAUGGAAGUUACAUGAUUGAAGGAACACCUGGACGGCCAUAUGGGGGAACCAUGUCUGACUUCAACACUGUGCAAGACAAUAUGAGGAAAAGACGGCAAGAGGCUGCUUCUGUACUCAAAGAAAAUGAGGCUUUGUGCACAGUGACAUCAUUUCCAAGGUUAGGCUGUCCUGGGUUUACACUGCCGGAUUAUAAGCCAACACCAGUAGAAGGAGGAGCUUCUAAAUCCCUCUUUUUUCCAGAUGAAGCCAUCAAUAAACAUCCUAGAUUUAGUACACUGACCAGAAACAUUCGACACCGAAGGGGAGAGAAGGUUGUGAUAAAUGUACCAAUAUUUAAAGAUAAGAACACGCCAUCGCCUUUCAUUGAAACAUUUCCUAAUGAUGAUGGAGAAGCAGCAAAGGCAGCUAAGCCAGAUUACAUAUAUAUGGAUGCUAUGGGUUUUGGAAUGGGAAACUGUUGUCUCCAGGUGACAUUUCAGGCUUGCAGCAUUUCUGAAGCAAGGUAUCUCUAUGAUCAGCUAGCUACAAUUUGUCCCAUUGUGAUGGCCUUGAGUGCUGCAUCUCCCUUCUACAGAGGCUACGUGUCUGACAUUGACUGUCGCUGGGGAGUGAUCUCCGCUUCCGUGGAUGAUCGAACGCGGGAGGAGAGAGGCCUAGAGCCACUGAAGAACAACCAUUAUAGAAUCAGUAAAUCCAGAUAUGAUUCCAUAGACAGUUAUCUAUCUGAAUGUGGUGAGAAAUACAAUGACAUUGAUUUGACAAUAGACAAAGAUAUCUACGAGCAGCUAAUAAAGGAAGGUAUUGACCACCUUUUGGCACAGCAUAUUGCACACUUGUUCAUUCGAGACCCACUGACUUUGUUUGAGGAGAAAAUACAUCUAGAUGAUGCAAAUGAAUCCGACCAUUUUGAGAAUAUUCAGUCUACAAACUGGCAGACAAUGAGGUUUAAGCCACCACCUCCAAAUUCAGAUAUUGGAUGGAGAGUGGAAUUCAGACCUAUGGAGGUCCAGUUGACAGACUUUGAAAACUCUGCAUAUGUUGUGUUUGUGGUAUUGCUAACCAGAGUGAUUCUGUCAUAUAAACUGGAUUUUCUCAUUCCUUUGUCCAAGGUGGAUGAAAACAUGAAGGUGGCCCAGAAAAGAGAUGCUGUACGACAGGGAAUGUUUUACUUCAGAAAAGAUAUAUGCAAAGGUGGAAAUGCUGUUGUGGAUGGAUGUGGCUCUGCACAGAAUGGGACAGGCACCAACACAGAAGAAUACACCUUAAUGAGCAUUGAUACAAUAAUCAAUGGGAAGGAAGGAGUCUUUCCUGGUUUGAUUCCAAUUUUGAAUUCCUAUCUUGAAAACAUGGAAGUGGAUGUGGACACAAGAUGCACCAUCCUAAAUUAUCUGAAGCUAAUAAAAAAGAGAGCCUCUGGAGAAUUAAUGACAGUUGCUCGAUGGAUGAGGGAAUUCAUCGCACAGCAUCCGGACUACAAGCAAGACAGUGUGAUAACUGAUGAAAUUAAUUACAGCCUUAUGUGGAAAUGCAACCAAAUCGCUCAAGGCCAGGCAGAGUGUCCUGAACUGUUAGGGGUAGGGUUUAAUAAGAAACAAAGUGGAAACAAAACUGACUCUUUGUAAUGAAUAAAUGAACUAAUGCUUCUUAAAUAAUUAAAAGAUUAAGCCUUUUAGCAAAGCACUAGCAAAAAUACUGUGAAUCUGGUAAAGUUUCAUGGUGUGAAGACCAAAACAGGGAUACUGCACUAUAAAAUGGGCCAAUCUGCCUAAAUAUUGGUUUGAGGCAUCCUAAAAUAGGCAUAUUCUUAUUGUUAAGGUUUAUACAAUAUACAUGUAAAUAGUAAAAUAUUUUUAUGAUUAACAUCAAUGUAUUUUAAUAACGUUGUAACUAAGGUUAUUGUGAAUUAGCUUGUAACUUUUUUAUGCUUAAUAUAGAAAGAAAAAUUGUCAUGAACAGCUUUGUAAAUGUAAUGGUACUUGUAUAAUACAUGCAUUCCAGUUA